AUCGCCUCCACUCUAUUCUUCACGCACACACUUUCGCACUUCUUCACACGCAACUUCCUCUCUUCUAACGUUACUGCUAUAUAUAUAUACCCACACUUGCGUUUCUUCUUUCUUCAACUUAAACACUUCUUUAUCAGACCGAAAAGAAAAAAAUAGUGAUAAUAAUGGCACUUGAAGCUCUUAGUUCGCCAAGAUUAGCUUCUCCAGUUCCAACUCUGUUUCAAGAUUAUGCUGUUGGCUUCCAUGGAAGCAAAGGCAAGCGAUCUAAGAGGUCAAGAUCCGAGUUCGACCGCAGUCUCACGGAGGAUGAGUAUAUCGCUUUAUGUCUCAUGCUUCUUGCUCGUGACGGUAAUCGAACCCGAGACCUGCCUUCUUGUUCUUCCUUGCCGCCUCUGCUUCCUACUCCUACUUCUACACAUACCCACAAGUGCAGCGUCUGCGACAAGGCGUUUUCUUCUUACCAGGCUCUCGGCGGGCACAAGGCGAGUCACCGUAAAAAGUCAUCGCAGACUCAGUCUAGCGGAGGAGAUGAGAAAUCCACCUCGUCGGCUAUAACUAUCGUGAGACACGGCGGAGGAAGUGUGAAACCGCACGUUUGCUCGAUCUGCAACAAGUCGUUCGCGACAGGCCAAGCUCUCGGUGGCCACAAACGGUGCCACUACGAAGGCAAGAACGGCGGCGGUGGGAGCAGCAGCGUGUCUAUCUCCGAAGGCGUGGGGUCCACAAGCCACGUCAGCAGCGGCAGCCAUCAUCACCACCACCACCACCACCGUGGGUUUGACCUCAACAUCCCGCCGAUACCGGCGUUCUGGACGGUCAACGGAGAAGAAGAGGUGAUGAGCCCCAUGCCGACCAAGAAACUGAGGCUCGAGUAGAACUUAUAAAGGAGUUACAGAUUCAGCUAGCAGUUACAUGAAUUUGUUAUACUGUACAUAAUACCAAUUUUUAGAUUCCACUUCUUGUUCUUCUUCAUUGAAUCAGUAUCCUUCUUGUAAUAUUUGUGUAGCUUUCUUGUCUUCUUUACCUAAAUUUGUCAAGUACGUUUCAGUUUCUAAAGAACAUAGAUUACAACCGGUU